CGAAAGCCGGCAACCAAGUCUUGAUUUUAUUUGCAGACAGUAGAAAGGCCUUUUCUAGUAAAGCGCUGUCUCGAAGGUGGUAUUCAUCCAAUGAAAUAUUCCGGAACAUUUCUUACAGUGUCUACUUAACUUUAUGUUCAUUCUGUCCAGCACACGUCGAUGAAAGGAUGAAUUUUUAACCAAUGAUUACUUCACAAUGUACACUGGAUACAGACUCCCUUGAGGAACAGUCCGGUCAACCUGUUCACAGUAACACACAGGAAAUGUGUAAAACGGAAAGCAUACGGUGAAAUUCAGGAUUAUACAAACAGUGUCCUUUCGGAGUACUCGAAGAAGAGAUCUUUGACUUUGGGAUAGUUUAAAUUUUCAAUUCAAUGACAUUUGGGACUGCUCAGACCACUUGUGUUUAUGAAGUCUCGGAGAACUCGAAUGGCCAAAUCGACCUAGUCCAUUCCAAGGACAACGGUGCUGAACACGAACCUACGAAGCGAGAACAAUGGAAACGACGUUUUGACUUCUUGCUCGCCUGUGUGGGCAUGUCGGUGGGGCUUGGCAACGUUUGGAGAUUUCCAUAUUUGUGCUACAAAAAUGGUGGAGGCGCAUUUUUAAUUCCCUACUUCAUCAGCGUCCUUGCCGCCGGACUACCUGUCUUUUUACUCGAAGUCACCUUGGGACAACUAACCUCGCAGGGCGGGAUCGCUGCCUGGAAUAUCUGUCCGCUAUUCAGAGGAAUCGGAGUUGCCAGUGCGGUGACAAACUUUUGUCUGGACUGCUAUUACAACGUUAUCCUGGCUUGGGCAAUCCACUAUCUGUUCUCCUCAUUCUCCUCUGUUCUGCCUUGGACGCACUGCCGGAAUGCUUGGAACACCGAUCGUUGUCGCGAUGUGGGAGCCAAUAACAUGACCGUGAUGUCCAUCGGUACGAAUGGAACUAGCAAUCAAACAUUUCUGCCAACAGAUCCAGCAGCUGAAUACUGGGAACGUCAUGUGCUUCGAAUCUCCGACGGAAUCGAACAAAUGGGGUCGGUUCAAUGGGAACUGGCGUUGUGCUUACUGGUCGCGUGGAUUGUUGUUUUCCUGUGCAUUUAUAAGGGGAUCAAAACGUCUGGAAAACUACUGCAAGACUGGGUCGGCCCGAAUCCUAGCCUCAUGCUUGCGGAUGAACAGAUUGAGGUAUUAAACAAAUUUGUUUACCUGGACGGCUGUAUCAGUCUGGGUGGUCUCGCGAAAGAUGACAUGAUCCGCACUGAAAAGGCCAGAGCAGCUUUUGUGAACCUGCGUCACCCACGGCGUGGGCGCAACAUCAGGUUAUCCGUCAAGAUCAUGUACGUGACCGCCACAACACCCUACGUAUUCAUGUUCAUACUAUUGGGUCGAGCAGUCUCACUUGAGGGCUCAUCUAUAGGUCUACAAUAUUACAUCACUCCGGAUUGGGGGAAGUUGGCCGACAUGACGAUAUGGUCUGACGCAGGGGCCCAGAUUUUCUUCAGUUACUCCAUCAGUCUUGGAACCCUGGCAGCCUUUGGAAGCUACAACGGUUACCAUCACAAUUCUUUUCGUGACUGCGUCGCUUUUGCGGUUAUCAACACAUUCACCAGCUUGCUUGCCGGUCUGGUGAUUUUUGCCACUCUUGGUCACAUGUCAGUUGUGGCCGGUAUAUCGAUCGACAAAGUUGCCGAAUCCGGACCGGGCCUGGCCUUUGUUGUUUACCCGAAAGCGCUUGGUUUGCUUCCAGCCAGUCCAUUUUGGGCCGUUUGUUUCUUCAUCAUGAUUUUGCUGCUUGGAAUAGACAGUCAGUUUGCAGGCGUCGAAGGUCUGGUCACCUCCAUCACCGACUUCUUUCCACGCCUGGUCCUCAAACCUCGACUGCGAAUGAUUUUUGUGGGAUCAAUCUGCGUUGCCUGCUAUAUGAUCGGAUUACCCAUGAUUACUAAUGGUGGUAUGUACGUGUUCCAGUUGUUCAAUCAUUAUGCCGGGAGUCUCAUUAUCCUGUUGACCGCUUUCUUUGAAUGCAUCGCUGCGGGUUACGUCUACGGUGCGAGGAAGCUGGGUCGAAACAUGAAAUCAAUGCAUGGGUGGGGAUUGGGACACUUACCGGUGGCAUUCUGGUGCGUCAUCACUCCCUGUUUUACGCUAAUAGUCUUCAUCAUCAGCGUGGCCGUGUAUGAAGAGUUAACCUACAGUCGGUCGACACAGACAGAAGUCUACGAGUAUCCAGCGUGGGCUGUGCUGGUCGGUUGGAUGUUGGCUAGUUGCAGUGUCUUCAUGAUCCCCAUUGUGAUGGUCAUUCAAAUCAUUCGGACACCGGGCUCAUUUAUUCAGCGAAUUAAAAAGUUGUGCAGGCCACAACUUCCCGAAGAAGUACUUGCUCGGAUGGAAAACAACCUCAAUUCACAAGAAUUUGUGCAGGAAUGUACAUCGGAUAACCCUGAGGACAAAUCAACAAACACCCUGGUGGUAAACGGGUUCGCGUUCCAUUCAACCCUGCCAAAGGGAGAAUCAAAGUCAUCUAGACACUGAAUUUCUAUAAAUUGAACAUAUUAUUCGGAAGGAAACAUGUAGCCAUUUUCAAUGAAACUACAAUCAACGAAUCGCCAAAUGUAAACAAAAAACAAAAUAAUGAACGUUUCAAAACUCCCCAUUUCUCCCACUUUGAGUUUACCCGAUUUUUACUAUCGGUGUAAUCAUUUUAACCCCUUCAUAUGCUUUUUUUCGGUCAUUCUGUUGCCACUUGCUUGUGGUGUGCAAUCUUUGGCCGGUCAACUAUUGUGGUUCCGUAUAUGCUACUAUCGGUGUAAUCAUUUUAACCCCUCGAUAUGCUUUUUUUCGGUCACUUGCUUGUGGUGUGCAAUCUUCGGCCGGUCAACUAUUGUGGUUCCG